CGCUGAGCGCCUGAAACAGGAAGUCAGUCAGUUAAGCUGGUGGCAGCAGCCGAGGCCACCAAGAGGGGACAGACGGCAGGUCGCAGUGCAGGGGCCUCAGCUCGGUGGUGUGUCGGUCCUGGGGUGGCCGCCAGCCCGGCCAGAGGAGGCCCAUGUCCACCAUGGUCCCCUGCUGGAACCACGGCAACAUCACGCGCUCCAAGGCAGAGGAGCUGCUCUCCAGGACGGGCAAAGAUGGGAGCUUCCUCGUGCGUGCCAGCGAGUCCAUCUCCCGGGCCUACGCGCUCUGCGUGCUGUAUCGGAAUUGUGUUUACACCUACAGAAUCCUGCCCAAUGAAGAUGACAAAUUCACGGUUCAGGCGUCCGAAGGCGUCCCGGUGAAGUUCUUCACCAAGCUGGACCAGCUCAUCGAGUUUUACAAGAAGGAAAACAUGGGGCUGGUGACCCACCUGCAGUACCCGGUGCCGCUGGAGGAGGAGGACACGGGCGAUGACCCCGAGGAGGACACAGAAAACAUCGUGUCUCCACCCGAGCUGCCCCCGAGAAACAUCCCUCUGUCCGCCGCGCCCUGUGAGGCCAAGGAGCUUCCUCCUCCGAUCGAGAACCCCCGCGCGCCCGAGGUCAGCCGGCCGAGCCUCUCCGAGACGUUGCUGCAGCGGCUGCAGAACAUGGACACCAGCGGCCUUCCAGAAGAGCAUCUUAAAGCCAUCCAAGAUUAUUUAAGCACUCAGCUCGCCUUGGACUCGGAAUUUGUGAAGACGGGGUCCAGCAGCCUUCCUCACCUGAAGAAACUGACCACACUGCUCUGCAAGGAGCUCUACGGGGAAGUCGUCCGGACCCUUCCGUCCCUGGAGUCCCUGCAGAGGUUGUUUGACCAGCAGCUCUCCCCCGGCCUCCGUCCACGUCCCCAGGUGCCCUGCGAGGCCAGUCCCAUCAACAUGGUGUCCAAGCUCAGCCAGCUGACCUGCCUGCUGUCCUCUAUCGAAGACAAGGUCAAGGCCUUGCUGCACGAGGGCCCCGAGUCUUCCCACCGGCGUUCCCUCAUCCCUCCCGUCACCUUUGAGGUGAAGUCGGAGUCUCUGGGCAUCCCUCAGAAAAUGCAGCUCAAAGUCGACGUGGAGUCUGGGAAACUGAUCAUUAAGAAGUCCAAGGACGGUUCCGAGGACAAGUUCUACAGCCACAAGAAAAUUCUGCAGCUCAUCAAGUCACAGAAGUUUCUAAACAAGUUGGUAAUUUUGGUGGAAACAGAGAAGGAGAAGAUCCUGCGGAAGGAGUAUGUUUUUGCUGACUCUAAAAAGAGAGAAGGCUUCUGCCAGCUGCUGCAGCAGAUGAAGAACAGGCACUCGGAGCAGCCGGAGCCCGACAUGAUCACCAUCUUCGUCGGCACCUGGAACAUGGGUAACGCCCCCCCUCCCAAGAAGAUCACGUCCUGGUUUCUCUCCAAGGGGCAGGGAAAGACGCGGGACGACUCUGCCGACUACAUCCCCCACGACAUCUACGUGAUCGGCACCCAGGAGGACCCCCUGGGUGAGAAGGAGUGGCUGGAGAUCCUCAAACAGUCCCUGCAAGAAAUCACCAGCAUGACUUUUAAAACAGUGGCCAUCCACACGCUCUGGAACAUCCGCAUGGUGGUGCUGGCCAAGCCGGAGCACGAGAACCGCAUCAGCCACAUCUGCACGGACACCGUGAAGACCGGCAUCGCCAACACGCUGGGGAACAAAGGAGCUGUGGGGGUGUCCUUCAUGUUCAAUGGCACCUCCCUGGGGUUUGUGAACAGCCACUUGACUUCAGGAAGUGAAAAGAAACUCAGGCGAAACCAGAACUACAUGAACAUUCUCCGGUUCCUGGCCCUGGGAGACAAGAAACUGAGUCCCUUCAACAUCACUCACCGCUUCACUCACCUCUUCUGGCUGGGAGACCUCAACUACCGCGUGGAUCUGCCCACCUGGGAGGCAGAAGCCAUCAUCCAGAAGAUCAAGCAGCAGCAGUACGCGGACCUCCUGUCCCACGACCAGCUGCUCACGGAGAGGAGGGAGCAGAAGGUUUUCCUGCACUUUGAGGAGGAAGAGAUCACGUUUGCACCGACCUACCGUUUUGAGAGGCUGACUCGGGACAGAUACGCCUACACUAAGCAGAAAGCAACCGGGAUGAAGUACAACUUGCCCUCCUGGUGCGACCGGGUCCUCUGGAAGUCGUAUCCCCUGGUGCACGUGGUGUGUCAGUCCUACGGAAGUACCAGCGACAUCAUGACGAGCGACCACAGCCCCGUCUUUGCCACGUUUGAGGCAGGCGUCACUUCCCAGUUUGUCUCCAAGAAUGGUCCCGGGGCUGUGGACGGCCAAGGGCAGAUCGAGUUCCUCAGGUGCUACGCCACGCUGAAGACCAAGUCCCAGACCAAAUUCUACCUGGAGUUCCACUCGAGCUGCUUGGAGAGUUUUGUCAAGAGUCAGGAAGGAGAGAAUGAAGAAGGAAGUGAGGGGGAGCUGGUGGUGAAGUUUGGCGAGACCCUUCCAAAGCUGACGCCCAUCAUCUCCGACCCCGAGUACCUGCUGGACCAGCAUAUCCUGAUUAGCAUUAAGUCCUCUGACAGCGACGAAUCCUACGGCGAGGGCUGCAUUGCCCUCCGGCUAGAAGCCACAGAGACCCAGCUGCCCAUCCACACGCCGCUCACCCACCACGGAGAGAUGACCGGCCACUUCCGGGGCGAGAUCAAGCUGCAGACCUCCCAGGGCAAAAAGAGGGAGAGGCUCUACGACUUUGUGAAGACGGAGCGGGACGAGUCCAGCGGGCAGAAGUCCUUGAGGAGCCUCACCAGCCACGACCCCAUGAAGCAGUGGGAACCCGCCGGCAGGGCCCCUCCGUGCGGUGGCUCCGGCAUCUUAGAAAUCAUGAACCCCAACUACAUGGGGGUGGGGCCCUUUGGGCAGCCGACGUCCCUGCACGUGAAGCAGACCCUGUCCCCCGACCAGCAGCCCACAGCCUGGAGCUACGACCAGCCACCCAAGGACUCCUCCCUGGGGCCGGGGAGGGGAGAUAACCCUCCAACCCCUCCCUGCCAGCCGCCCCUGUCACCCAAGAAGUUUUCAUCCUCAACGGCAAACCGGGGCCCCUGCCUCAGGACACAGGAGUCAAGGCCCGGCGACCCGGGGAAGAGCGGCACGGAGCCGGAGGACCUGCCGCUGACGAAGCCGGAGAUGUUUGAGAACCCGCUGUACGGCUCCGUGAGCGCCUUCCCUAAGCCGGCGCCCAGGAAGGAGCAGGAAUCGCCCAAAAUGCUGCGGAAGGAGCCCCCGCCCUGCCCGGAGCCGGGGCUCCUGUCUCCCAGCAUCACGCUCACCAAAGCCCAGGAGGCUGAGCGCAGCGAGGGGACAGGCAAGCAGGUGCCCGCGCCCCGGCUGCGCUCCUUCACCUGCUCGUCCUCCGCUGAGGGCCGGGCGGCCACUGGGGACAAGAGCCAAGGGAAGCCCAAGGCCCCGGCGGGCCCCCAGGCUCCUGUGCCGGCCAAGAGGCCCAUCAAGCCUUCCAGGUCGGAAAUGAGCCAGCAGACGCCGCGGCCUCCCCUGCCCGUCAAGAGCCUGGCGGUCCUGCACCUGCAGCACCAGGGCCGCGACUACCGCGACAACAGCGAGCUCCCGCACCACGGCAAGCACCAGACCGAGGAGGGGCCGCUGAGCAGGACGGCCACACAGUGAAGCCCUCGGUGAGCUGCCAGCGAGUCGGGAGCCCGGAGGAGCAGUGCAAAGGCCCUGGGACCCUCCUGGGGCCUCUGGCUGGCUCCUCCCACCAGCUCCCUGCGCAAGGCUUCGUGAUUCUCAGCAAAAGGCCCGGCUCCCGUGUGUGGUCCAGGGAGUGCGCCGCCUGCGGAUCCGGGCGCCUCGUGCCGAGGUCAGAAGGACUAUGCACACCAGACAGGCGGCCGCCCGCCCGGUCCCCGGCUUGACCUUGGUACUUGGGACCCCGAGCCUUGUCUGGGUUGCUAUUGUGAAGAAAGAAACUGAAGAGCUGAUUUGAAGGUGGAGAGAUAAAUAAUAAUAAUAUUAAUAAUAAUACUGGCCGCGUGGGUGGAGCGCUCUCGGGGCCCCGUGCUGUGCUGAGUGCUUUGUGAGCCUUACGUCGGGACGACCUCAACCUCGGGAGUGGCGUCUCCAGCCAACUAAAACCACGUGCCCAGACCCACCGGUUCAAGACGGCGUGGUCCGGAGGGGUUUGGGCAAAGCAUUAAGAAGGCCAGCGCCCUCCUGGGGCCAGACAAGGGUACAAACAUUCUGUCCUAUCCAGUGUCCGUACUGUUGGCUGCUUUGGCCACAGCCCCCAGGGUGGGCGCGGGGCGGGGGUUCUGGCCAAGCUGGGUGAGGGCAGGGACCUGCCCGGCUUCCCAGUUCCUCCUCGGAAGGAGCGGGAAAAUCAGCUCCUCCUCCCCAGCAGAGAGAUCUGGCCUCAGCCCGGGCUGCAGGUGCCGAGGCCCGUGCGGGUUCCUCACGCCCUCCUCGAGGUGGGCAGCCAGCCACGGGCUGGGCCGAGCCCCGACACUCAUCCGUCCUGCUAGUAGAAGAGUCUUUGCUGUUGCUCCCGAAAGCCGAGCUCCCCGGCCCGGCACCGGGGAGGGCAGCCUCUCGGCCCCCGGCUCUCGGCAUCGCGCAGCUUUUCCUCCAAGCUCUGUGGCUGUCAGCUCCGCUUCCCGGAUUCUAGGAGAAUAGAUUGGUGAUGUCCUUCCUUGUGUUGCUUUUUGACAUAACAAUUAAUGUAGGGAACCGAGUCCAGAUGUAUGUGAGAGUCCAAGAGAAACGGGUACGCGCCCCAUUCCCACAGGUGUCAUCUGCGUGACCAAUAAAUUGUGCCUUUCUCACUCGG